CUGUAUCGGGACCCGGCGCGCGGGUUUUGGACUGGUUUUGCGCUCUGCUAUGAAGCUGCGUUUUCUGACAGGACUUUUGACAGCAGGGAUAUGAAGGCACCGCAACUGGUUCUGGAAAACACGGGACAAAUACUUACUGGAAUUCUUAACGUGAAUGUGUAGGCAAGCGCACACGUGAUUGCACUAGUCGGAACUGUCAAGUUUCAGUGAAAAGUUCGGACCGGUGGAGUGUAAAAAAACGAUUAUCUAUUCUGGACUGAUAUAGAAAUGUGUGAAAUAUCUGACACUUUUGAGCUUCUUGUUGCAAGUUUCGACCCAUGAGGAUCUGUGUUUAAGCUCUCUGGAGAGACUGCGCAGCUCUUGUCCCGGUUCAGCAGCGCCGGUUCGGCGGGACGGGCUGGAGCCGGUCAGGGUGUGUGUGUGUGUGAGAGAUAACGUUCAUAAAAGCUGUGCGUAAAAAUAACAUUGGCUGAGGCGUGCUCCAUUCCGCGGGCGCGCUGACAUUUCAAACGACAGUUUGGGUGCCACCUGGGGAAAAAAAAAGUUGGGUGCAGUGACUGUGCCAUCCUAUCCGAGAGCAAGCGUUGCCAUGGUGACCCAAAGACAAAACUAGGAAAGUAGCUGGAAACGGGAGUCAAAGGCUGAUGAGGAUACCACUUUACACGGCUAGUUGGCACGCCUCACCUGAAGUGUCCAGGGGGGAUCGCUAAAAAAGCUCCCGUCCCAUGUCAUUCCGGUCCACGCGGCCGUCUAUUAAAAGGAUCUCACUCGUGCUGUCUCUUGGCCUAUUUAUGCACGGGUGUGUGAGAGCGCAGUGAGGGCCAACUCCACUCUAUAGACAGACAGAACACCAGUCAUGGGCAUUUCUCACGCGCUGCUGCUGCUCCUCCUGUGCGCACACGGCACCGCGGCCCAGCCUUAUUUGCGCCUGCGGCCCUCGCCCAGUGAGCAUCUCCCCGUGCCGGACCUCAAGGAAGACCCCGAUCCGGAGUACGACCCGCGCGAGCAGGACCUUUCGGAGAGGACGCUGCGCAAAAAGCUGGGUAGCCACUUCGACCCCAACUUCAUGUCCAUCCUCCUGCCCGUCCACCUGAACGCGAGCGCGCCGACGGACGUGCCGGGACCGCGCACGCCCAUGCCCAUCGAGCUCAAGAAGCUGGACCUGACGGAGACGCCGUACGGGAGGCGCAUCAAGGUGGGCAAGAAGGCGCGCCGGAAGUUCCUUCAGUGGCUGUGGACGCACACGCACUGUCCCGUGCUGUACGCCUGGAAGGACCUGGGCGCGCGCUUCUGGCCGCGCUACAUCAAGGAGGGGAACUGCUUCAGCGAGCGCUCGUGCUCCUUCCCCGAGGGCAUGUUCUGCAAACCGGUCAAGUCCGUCACCAAGACCUUCCUCCGGUGGCACUGCCAGGGCUUCUCACGGCAGAAGCACUGCACGUGGAUCCUGGUGCAGUAUCCCAUAAUCUCCGAGUGCAAGUGCGCGUGCUGAGCGGUGCAUGAAUGUUUGCGUGUGUGCAUGCGCGAGCGCGUGUGUGAGUGAGUGAAUGUCCAUGGACUGGACGCGCACGGACUGGGAGAGUUUCUAUAUGAAUUAUUGCACUGUUUACCCACGGACAGGGAUGUGGCGCCACAUAGCGAAUCUAUUUUUUAUAAAUAGCUUUUUAAUUCAAAAUAUCAAACACAUGUACAUAUUUAAGUGAAGUAAAGAAGAAUGCAGCUAUUUUUAUUAAAGGAACAGGACCAUAAUCUCAUAAGGAGCACUUCGAGCCGGAAGAGCCCGUGGUUAUUUUUAUUGCAAUUAUGAAGAUGAAGAUGAAAAUGAUGAAGUUCACGUUCCUCAUCCAAACUGUUGUACUGACUGAAAAAAAGAGAAACUGAUACACUACAAUGAUGCCUAGAGGUUUUGUACAAAUAUUAAUAUCAAUAAUGAUUGUGAUAAUAAUUAAAAUAAUUUUUAAAAAGGCUGAGGGUAAAAAUGAUACACGUUGAACUCAGCGUUUUUGGAAAUCAUAUAUUAUUUUAGUACGAAAGCAAAUGUGUAUGUUUUAUUUAUUGUUUUAACGUUUGUGAGUAUAAAGAGAAUAGAAUAUACCAGAAAUUCUACUUGAAAAGUUUUAAAAAUGAAUUUAAGAAUAUAAGUAAUAAUAAUAAUAAAAAUGACUGUGUAAAUGCAAUGGUUUUAGCAAUAAAAUAUG